CACUUCCCACCGUCGGGACUAGGACAACAACUCUGACAAUCUUUACCUGACAUCUACGCAACUCACCUUCUUGGAAAAACAACAACAAAAAACGACUUUUCUACUUUUUGAGCCCGUUACCAUUUCUGCUUGAAAUCAUUUACAUUUGUAAAGGAGCACGAAUCCCAUAAAACUCGAACGUAGUCGCUUUAAAGAUAGGACCGGAAGAAGCAAACUCAAGUCCAAAGUCAAGACUGAAGCCGCUUGAUUUGACAAGUAGCAGCAGUAUACUCAGCUAUAUCCACUAUUUUUUUUGCGUGAAGCCAUAGCCACAGGACAGCGGUUUUUUACGUAGUAUAGGACACUUUUAUUUCCGAAAUCGAUUUGGCUAACGCGUUGAACUGCAUUUAACAGCAUACAUAACCAAAGAUGGCGCGCCUUCGUAGCAGCUCCUCUCGUUUUUGUGUUGCCGCUCUCUUGUGCCUGCAGACCGCAUUCUUGUACGUCGCCGUAGAGUAUCAAAUGCAAAUAUGUCUGGGUCUGGAAAAGUGAAACUUGUGUUGCCUGUCUAGCAUUCCUGAGCAAACUGUGUUGCAUAGCCAGCAAAGGUGUUACUUUUUUGUCAGGCAAAGACGCAGUUUGUGAUGCGUGCUACGCAUCUUCAGACAGCGUCAAGAAAAUUUGUCGUGCUUGCUUGCACUUGAAAGCUGCACCAGACUCAUCCUCCAUACUGUAGUAUCACAAGUUCCUUCCAGACCCAGACAUGUUUCUACGUCACAGAGAUUUCUUUCCUGUUUUCGCCUUGCAGGUCCGUCCUCGUAGUCGUAGUCGUAGUCGUGGUAUCCAAGAAAAAAACUGUGUUAGUGUAACUUUCUUUGGCUAACAGCAUCACAAGUUUGCUCUACAUGACAGAGAAAACCUGUCAUGCGUGGCAUGUAAGGGAAAACACACAUGAAAAGAGGCCUCGUGGCUUUCUGGCAUCACAGAUGUAACUCUGUUACAUGUUCUGCAUUACAGAGUUACACCUACACAGUUUUUUUCUUGCAUACGUGGGGCUGGCGAUGCACACGACGUCGCCCACCUGUCCGGCCACAGUGCUGGCGAUGUACAUAUGGCGUUUUCAAAUGUUACAUGAUUCUCAACUGUUACAUUAAUUUGUCAUGCAAAACUACCUUGAUCCGGUAGAUGAUCAAGCUGCUUCGCAUGACAAAUCUCCGAACGGCUAAACACCAUCUGAAUCCGUGCCAAAUCUGUGAUGCGAAAGCUGCAAGCUUGCACCUUUGACUGUUGCAGCUCUUGCAUCACAAAUUUAUGUAACAGUUGAGAAUGCAACAUUUGAGAACGCCAUAGCACAGGACGGCUCGCCCAACCGUGACAACUGUCCAAUCUGUCUGGAACAAAUACGCGACGAAAAGGCCCUAAGCUCCUGCGGUCACAAGUUUUGUACCGGCUGCAUCGGCCAGUGGUUAUCGACAUGUGAAUUAUAUGCAGCUGAAAAGAACGAACGAGGACCCACACCAUGUUCACGGUCACGCAAAUUUGCAGCAUGCUAGGAGAGGAGAUAAGUCAAUCACGAUGAUGAUGAUGAUGGAUGGUCAGUGUGUCGCAUGAAAAACCGCACUUCCAGAAGGAACGUUUAUUUGUAAGCAUACAAGAAGGUGUUAAAUGUAAAUCUUUGGGAAUCAUGUCAUGUUGUCAUAUUCUUCUCGUCGAGAUCAGAAAGUCCGUUUGUGACAGCUUCGCACCUACACUAGCUGACGCCGAUUUUUACUUGCCCGAUGCAAUUUUGUGAUGCGCAACACGACCCGAAAGCAAAACCUCUCUUCAACAGCUUCUUGUAAUACGGAUCUUCUCGACUUCUAGUCGACUAUGGAUGGUGUGGGAAUCCAAUUUUACGCAGGAUACGACGGAACCAAGCUGCCCAGUGUGCCGGGAGGUUGUGCAGUUGUCCCCGCAGGAGUUGUCAUUAAGGGAAGGAAUCAGACUGACGGAGCGAGCAAGCGCAAUGUAUGGAUUGUAAAAAUGUCUGGGUCUGGAAGAUUGUCAGAUUUGUCAUGCAGCUUUUAUUCCAUGACCCAUGAGGUCUGGAAUGCAGGACCUAGUCGAUGACAGAUUCUGUGCGAGGAUCUCUCUGCUCAUGCCUAAUAUCCUGCAUGAGAGCCUCCCUCCCGACUUGGGCAAAACUGGACGACUUUUGGUAAUCAUGCAACACAGAUUUUUGCAUGCUUCAGAUUUAGCAUGACAAGUCGCAUCCUUCCAGACCCAGACACUUUUACAUUUGAUAACAUGGGGGAAGAAGGAAGCAGACUGGUGCUAGCCGAAAUGGAAAUACCACGUGCGGAUCUAGUCCGCCGGGAGCAGCUGUUCGACGAAGCAGACAGACUGUAUACCGAAGCACGCAGACUGCUAGCCGAAGCGGCCAGACUGGUACGCUCGGCGCAGGGUGAUGAGCAGGAGGGAGCAGAGCAGUGAGUUUGGAGCAGCAUGAUCACGUCGGUGAGCCGAAGCUAGGAGGGGAGGAGCUGUGGCCCACUUAUUUGCUAGAUUGAUGCUUUGCGAGUCAUUAUGGUUGUGCUGAGUCAUAAUUUGGUUUAUUUCGCUAUAUUUAUGAUUUUGACCCCGCGGCAACUAAAACAAAGAAACCUGCAUGGAUGGCCGUUUAAAUUUAUUUUCUGUGGCGGGCGAAGAGUUGUACUAGACGUUUUACUUUUACUAGUUAGAGUUGUGCCAAAAUAAAAGAACCUUAUGGAGGAGGAGCCCACGACCUUGGGAGGAAUUUAGUAUAAUUUCGAGCAGCCUGCUACUGCUUUGGCAGGGGGCCUCGGGGGUGCAGGAAUCUCGAGCCACCCUCGGUCCUACUUAGGGUGGCUUCGCGCUGGAGACGCCAGAAUUAUCUGGCACACAGCCUGUUAUGGUUCAGAAGCCCUACGUCUGAAUCUUUCCCCCACCAAACCCAAGUCGUUAACCGAAGUAUACCUAUGUAUGAUGUUGUCGUAGAUUUUUGACCGGAAUGCAGCUCCAAGAUAGUACUUCUGAACCACCCGUCGCACCACGAGUAUAAAAAUUUCUCGCAAGGACGUCGCGAGUGGACCUUUAUUUUUUCCCAGCACUACAGAUCUGAUUACCCUUAGUUUUGUAUGCUCUCAGAGAUUUUCCCAGCUCUCAGAGAUUUUUUACCCUUAGUUUUGACAUUUUCCCAGCACUUAGAGAUAACUUAGUUUUGUAUGCUGGGCAGUUGCUGCUGUCCGGAGGCGUCCACACUGCCGAUUAGUAGUCGUGUGCCCGUGGUGCAAAGCAUUGCGGUGUUCCCUGCCCCGGUCUAUCGAGCUUUGAGGUAAGAGGCCACCGCCGCCGCACCACUUCAUUCAUUCAUUACCCUCCCCGGUGAUGGUCGUAUUUGAAAAACAAAAAGCAUCAAACACUAAUCGGAUGAUGAAAACUAUUGGCCUGAGGUGGAACCUCAUGGCGCCGCAUUCCGCGCAUGAACUAAACUUUUAAAAGUUCUUCACAGGCUGUUGGUGCGUCCAAUUUAUUUCGUCU